AUGGGGGAAAUAAACCUGAUAAAAGAAGGCACAUUUGAUAAUAAGGAGGAUGAGAUGUCAAAUAGGUUAUUAAAUGAGUACAAAAACAAAUACGCUAAUAUAGACAUCCUUAAAGCAACAACCAUUUUGAAAGAAUAUUUCUCCUUUAAUGAGUUUAAAACAAAACAAAUAGAAUGUUUAAAUGCAAUUAAGAAUUUUGAGCAUGUUUUAAAUAUAACACCUACAGGGGGAGGGAAAUCAUUAAUAUAUCAAGUUAUUCCUUUACUUAUUGGAGGUAUCAGUAUAGUGAUUAGUCCAUUAAUUUCAUUAAUUCAAGAUCAAAUACUAUCUUUAAAAAAACGAAAUAUUAUGGCUGAAACUAUUAACAGUUCAUUGAAAAAAAAAGAAAACGAAAAUAUAUUAACUUUGUUAAAAAGUUAUAAUGAUUGUAAUAUAAAAGUGUUAUUCAUUACCCCCGAAACAGCAACAAGUGAAUAUUUUAUUAUGUUAAUACAAGAGCUUUAUAUGAAUCAAAAAAUUUCACUUAUUUCAAUAGAUGAAGUUCAUUGUAUUAGUACAUGGGGAUGUGAGUUUAGAAAAAGCUAUAGGAAUUUAAACAGAGUUUUGAAAACUUGCCCUUUUGUUAGGAUAUAUAGUUGUACAGCUACGGCUACUAAGUCUGUUGAAAAUGAUAUUAUACUUAAUUUAAAUUUGAAUCAAGAUAAGAAUAAUAGUCUUCGAAUUGUUAGAACCCCAUUUAAUAGACCUAAUUUAAAAUACGUCAUAGUAUAUAGUGAUUUAUUAAAAAUAGAAAAAAAGAAAAGUGUGUUAGAUAUUAUUAAUGAAAAAAAAAAUAUGAACAAAAUUGGUAUUGUAUACUGUUUUAAAAGAAGUACAUGUGAUGAAAUAUCCAAAUAUUUAAGAGAAAAAGGUUUACAAGCUUUGAGUUACCAUGCUGGAUUGACAAACAAUGCUAGGAAAAGAAUACAGGAAAAAUGGGUUAAAGGUAAUGCAAAAAUUUUAGUUGCAACCAUAGCAUUUGGUAUGGGUAUAGAUAGAAAAGAUGUAUCAUAUAUUAUACAUUUUAACCUACCCAAGUCUAUAGAAAAUUAUUACCAAGAGUCAGGUAGGUCAGGUAGAAAUGGAAAUAUUUCUUUUUGUUAUUUGUAUUAUUCCAAAGAAGAUGUAGAGAAGUUAUCAUAUAUCAUAAAAUGUAGCUACGCCAAUUUGGAUAUGCAUGAUAUCGAUGUAGAAAAAAAAUUCGAAAAAGAAAUGUACAAAUUGGAAUGCGUUCAUAAUAUGUGCAUUAACGAAAAAUGCAUCAGGUCCCAAAUUCUUAGCUACUUUGGGGAGACACGCCAUAAAAAUAGCGACAGAAACGGGGGUGAUGGCGGUGGUGGUAACGGCUAUAGGAUCAGCGGCAAUGGUAGUGGAAAUAACUUCAGUAAUGAUAUAGCUCGCAACUAUUUAGGGAACGCACACAACGAACUGGGAAAUACGCAGAAGGAUGAAACCUACUGCUGUUCAUACUGCUUCGACAUAAGAGGAUCAAAAGACAAAAUUCAACAAGUGUUAAAGUUGUAUGAGCGAAAAAAUUUGAAUGCGCAAUUUGCACAGGAGGAGAAAAGUUAUAAUAGCAAAAAAAUUAAUCCAAAUGUGAACCCAAAGAAACAUAUACUAAGUGAUGAUUCAUAUUCAGACAAGGAACAGGAAUUAAAUGAAUAUAAAUUAACCAACAAAAAAAUUAAAGGUUUUGUUCCCUUUCAAAGUGCAUCAUCCAUAAUCUCGAAGGAAGUAAGAGAUAAGGGAAUUAUUGAAGUAAUGAAAGAACUGGAAAGAAGAGAGGAACUAAUGGAAAAUAAACUUGAACAGGAAUCAAAAGAUAAAAGUAAAAUGUAUAACACACCGUUACAUUGCGUUAAUUUUAGAAGGAAGCCCACAUUUUCAUCUUUCAAAGUUCCCAGGAAAAUAUAA